AUGGUCAAGAUGUUGGAGCCUACCUCCAUUGUAGUAGAACACGUCGAAGAUGACCGCAAGGUUUUCGUGUCUCGCGUUCCUCUUAAUUUUUCGCAGGCAUCAAUCAAAAGGCUGAUCGAGGGAAGUGUGGGUGCCGACGUGGUCCAGGAGGUUGUCUUUACGUACGAUAACGACGAGCAAGCGAUAGGCGGCGACUCAAAAUCUAAACACAAGGGAUACGCGUUUUGCGUCAUGGAAAACGUCGAUAGCGCGGCGGCCGCAAUCUCAUUGGGUAUCGUAAAAGGAGGUCGGACAGAAACUUCAAAGAAAUCGCACACGUUGUAUUUGUCUGCGUAUAAGCAUGAAGCGAAAGACGAGAAAGAAAUUCCCGACAUCUGUUUCUUAUGGAUUCACAAAAGGUGUCCUUACGGGGAAAAUUGCAAGUUUGUACACCACGGCAACGGAGGAGUUUUGGAUCAACGUGCUGUUUCCGCUUUUCCGAAACCGAGAAAGUGCUGGGACUUUAAAAAAGGAAAGUGCAAAAUGGGCGAUACUUGUCCUUUUUCCCAUGAAGGAAUUGAGCCCAUUUCGAUCAAGGAAAAAAUCGAUCGUCCUUCCUCGGAAAAGGAUUGCAUCAACUGGAAAACAAAGGGAAAAUGUCGAAAGGGUGAGACUUGUCCAUACCGUCACAGCGUCUCUCUUCGUGAGCAAGCUAUUGCCAAACUCGCAACGAAUCGGCCUGGCGAGUCUGCUUUCCAGACGGUAGCACCGGGCAAGAGGACUAGUGAGCCCCUUUCCGUUCGCGUCUUUGGAUUGAACUACGAAACAAAAGAAAGCGAUGUUCGUGACUUUUUGGCACCCUGCGGUACCAUUAUGAAUGUAUCGUUUCCUUGCUGGAAUGAUAGCGGGCGGAGCAAAGGCUACUGCGAAGUACUAUUUCAAAGUCCCAAAGCCGUGGCGGCGGCAACCGCACUGGACGGCUCUGACCUACACGGACGUUGGCUUUCCAUCCAAGCAGGCAAGAU